AUGAAUUAUCUAUCCAUAAAUGUUAGAGGGAUGGGCGAUUCUGUUUCAGAUAAGCCAAAGUGGAUUAAGGAUAUCAAGCGUAAUCACCGUAUUGGUUUCAUGGGUCUGCACGAAACACCAUUUGCUAACGUUUCUGGGAUUAAUAUCCCAGCUUUUUGGGGUCUUGCCCCUUUUGACUUUGAUUUUGUAGAUGCUCAGGGGCGCUCAGGGGGUAUCAUCUCGAUUUGGGACCCCGACCUGUUCAUCAAAUCGGGAGCUGAAAAGAGCAGACACUGGUUACUCACUAGUGGUUUUAUUAAAGGCAUUAAUUUGGAGGUUCACAUCUUGAACAUUUAUGCCCCGCAAACUGCUCCGGCUAAACGUUUACUUUGGGAAGAUAUUUCAGCUCUAAAAGCAUCCAAGCAAGGAAUCUGGAUCAUUUUCGGAGACUUUAACGCGGUUUGUAUUCCGGAAGACAGGAGAAACUCGACUUUCAACUCAUCUGAAGCCAAGGAUUUCAAUGAGUUUAUUCAUAAUUCAGGGCUAGAAAAGUUCUCUAUGAAAGGUAGGCGGUACACUUACGCUAAAAAGAAAGGCGCAAAAAUGAGUAAGAUUGAUCGCUUCCUGAUUUGCACCAACUUCAUGGAAAAUUGGUCCGACGCUUGUUUAACGGCCUUACCGAGAUUUUUAUCGGACCAUUCUCCACUCGUUUUAGCCACCAAUCCGCUUGACUUUGGCUCGAUCCCAUUCCGCUUUUUCAACUCGUGGUUGACCGUCCAAGGUUUGAUGUGA